UCCAAGGCAACGGUGCGCUUGAGCUGGAGGCGGCCGCUCGGGGAACCUCCGGAGGCGGCGGGAAGAUGGCGAUGGCACGGCAGCGGGGCGGUCGGGCGCAGCUGACAGCGGCACAACAGCUGGAUAAGAAACAGCAUGAGGCUUACUUCCAAGAAAUGAGGGAGCUGGAGCACAAGAAAAAGGUGCAGCGCGUCCAUCAGCUAGAGGUGAUGUGGGAGGCUGAAGACCGUGUUGAGGAGAAGCGUCUCGCACGGCUGCUCAGGGAGGAGGAGCAUGAGCGGCGCAUGGAAGAGGCUAUUCAGCGGGCAGAAGAGAAUAAAAGGUUGAAGGAACUGGAGUUGCAACAAGAAGAAAAACUGGCAGCUGAGUUAGCAAGAUUAAACCAUGAGAAACUUAAAGAUGAAAAGAUGAGACAGCAAAUAAGAGAGACCAGUAUUGAACUUCGGGAGCUGGAGUUGAAACUAAAAGCUGCUUAUAUGAAUAAAGCGAGGGCUGCCCAGAUUGCUGAGAAAGAAGCUAUAAAAUAUGAAAAAAUGAAAGGUGAUGCAGAAAUAUACAAAGCAAUGAAGGAAGCGCAAGAAAAGGCUGAUGAAGAAGAGAGGACGGCUGAGGCAAGGCGGAAUCAGGAAAAGCUGCUUUAUCAGCAAGAACUGGAAAGGCAGCUUGAGGACCGAGAGAGACAGAGGCAGGCGGCCUAUGAGGAGUUCCUCCGAGAGAAGCUCUUGAUUGAUGAAAUUGUGAGGAAAAUCUAUGACGAAGAUGAACGAGCAAAACAAGGAAGACUAGAGAAAAUGAGAGCAACUCAAAGGUUCAUAGAAGAAUUUAAAAACGAUCAAGCUAUGAGGAAGAAAAGGCAGCGUGAAGAGAUGGAAGAGGAAAACAGAAAACUCAAGGAAUUUGCCAACAUGUGGCAGGAAAGAGAAAAUAACAGGAUGGCAAAAAUCCAGGAGAAUGAGGAGCAGAAGCAAAAGCUCCAGCAAAUGCUUGAAGAGGCUCUAGAAAAGGAGCAGCAGGAACGGGAAGAACUUGAGCAAAUCCGCCAAGAGCUGUAUUUUGAAGAACGAGAAGAGGAAAACCGAAAGAAGGAGAUGGAAGAGUUGGAGAAGAAAUUUAGGCAGCGCUUAGAAUUGCGCAAAGCGUAUGAAGACCAGUUGGCCAUGAGGGAGGUGUUGCGGCAGGCCAUGAAGGAGGAGGAGGAGGCCUUCCGCCAGUCCAUGCUGGCUAAGUUUGCCGAGGACGACCGCGUUGAGCAAAUGAAUGCUCAGAAGCGAAGAAUGAAGCAGCUGGAGCACAGGAGAGAAGUAGAGAAGCUCAUUGAAGAGCGGAGAAAGCAGUUCAUUGCAGACAAGGAACGUGAACUUGAAGAAAUGCAACUUGAAGAAAGAAGGAAAGGCAUUGUUAACGACAUCAUUGAGGAGGAGCGGCAGAAGCUGCUUAAAGAACACGCAGUUAAAUUAUUGGGGUAUCUUCCCAGAGGAGUUCUUAAAGAUGAGCAAGACGUUAACAUGCUGGGAGAAGAGUUUCGGCAAGUUUAUCAAAAGAGAAAAGGUGGUGGGCCGGCAGAAGACAAUUGAGACCCAAGUUUGCUUCAAGAAGUAUUAGAAGAAGCCCUGGGACUGAAUAGAGUGCAGUGUUCUUACUGCUAGGUAAUUUUUGCCUCUAAAUCAUUCCAUGUUUCUUUCAACUGCCUUGGUUUUUAUAGUGAUAAAAUUAUUUCUGCAAAAAUA